AUGACCCCAUACAAAACUCGAAAUGGCCGAACAAGUAAAAGGGGAGCAUUUAUCGAAGGCGUGUGGCAUUGCGACUGCGAACCGCGCCUACCUGCAGAUAAAUUUCAGACCAAGAAUGGCGGCAAGAAUCAUGGAAGAUGGUUCUAUACAUGCCAGAAGCCACAACAUAAGCGCUGCAGCUUCUUCCUCUGGAGUGACGAUGCCAAGUUCCGUGAGGAAGCAGCUGUCUUGAGCAACUCUCGAUCAGAACCGCCCGGUCCGCCCCAAACUCCUGGAAAAGCCAGGUCGAACAUCGUACCGCCGACACCAGAAACGAGACCGCGGAAUGACAAACAAGCUACAGAAAAAUAUCCAAAAGAUGGAGGACACCCUGAAAAAUUGAAGCACAAGGAAAGCUUCGAAUGGUCAUCGAGCAAUGAUGAAGCGCUGCUCAAAGCCGAGCAGGAAUUGUUGUUGGACAGGACCACUUUCGAGACGCCGAACAAAGCACCCCGGACGGCUUCCUUAACUUCACCUGGGAAAAGAACGUUGGGACAAAUGAGUGAACGCCCCAGCGCCGUAGGCGAAACGUGGCCUUUGAGCGACGACGUUUUCGCGACUCCGUCGACAUCGCACAAGUCGACAGGGACUAAUUUACUCUCACCGACCCACACUCCUUCUCGGGGACCCCCACAAGCAACUCGAUCCGAACCAGAGCCAUCGUCACUUGCUUCCGAAGCACUGGCGAUUUUACGCGGCGUCAACCUCAGCUCUCACAUUGAGAGUGACCUGGUCGAUCUCCUCAACAAAUACGAUUUACGCACUCAAGGGAUCAUCAAAGGCCGUGACAUCACUCGACUAGCAGUACAAGCAAAAGAGGAGAAAAUUGCUGAAUUGCAAGCCCGAAUUUCAGCACUCGAGGCAGAAAAGGACACCAACCGCAGAGUGAUCACCCACUUGAAACACGACAUGGCGACUUCUCCAAAGAAGGGAAAAGGCAGGAUCACAACUCCUGCGCGGCGAUCAGAAACGUGA